GAAAAGGACCCGAAUCGGUUUCCUCCUCCCUCGCAGCAAACCUUUCGCAAUGCCGGGUCCUCCCAGGAGAACCGCCCCGACAACAAGGAAAACACCCCCUCCAACCUCCCGUCAUAUUACUCAACCUACUCCCUCCCCCGUAAACCCAGCCCCAGUCCCCCCCCGACAGAGCGAGUGAGAUCUCCCUACCGCCACAGAACCUUCUCUUUUGAAUCCCCGCCUGCAUCUCCAGAGCUGGUGGUGUACGCCAACCAAGGGGGGUUAGAUCUCUCUUGUGCAUCCCCAAGGGAUGACCUCGCCCGACAUGAUAUCAGCCACGCCCAAAUCCGAUCAGCAUCAUCCACCUACCCCUCCGACGAACGGGCCCAAAGUCCUGUCUCCCCGCCGUUGACGCUUGGGAGGAAAAUAUUGUCUAGUCUGGCGGGGUAUGGAUUCAGCGAGGCGGAUUUUGAUGCUGAUGCUUCUUCGGAGGGGGAGGAUGACGAUGGAGUAGAGGAGGGGUUGUACCCCGGGGAGAAGAGGUUGAGCCGAGAGGAGGGGGAGAUUGCAAGGGUUAUAUCCGCCGCGAAAUCAUCACCACCUGGGGUCCAGAGUCAGGUCUGGGGUCGGGCGGCGUUUAACUUUCCAGCACCGCCCGAGGAAGGGGAAAAGGAAGAGGACGAGGGUUUUGCUUUGCCGGCGCCGGAGUCACCUCUUCUUGUUGGGCUGGCGGUUGAGGACAGGAUGGAACAGGAGGGAGCGGAUGAGGAUGCUUCCACGAGGUGUUUACCCAGGGUGAGCACUGCGUUUUCGGGGUUUGAAGGGGAGCAUUCUUCUUUCGUACCGCCGCUGCAAGAAGAGGAGCAAGAGCAUGUUUCUUUCGGGAUGCAGUUGAGGGAGAGGAUUAGUGGGCAUUUUCGGAGGGGAAAUGGUAAUCAUCAGCAUCAUCAUCAUCAUCAUCAUCAUCAUCGUCGUCGUCAUCAUCAUCAUCAUUACAAGUCGGGCGGCUCGAGGGCUGGGGGUGGUGGUUGUGGGAAGGGUUUGGAACGGUUCAAGGAAGAAAUCUCAAAGACAAAUGUUGGGACGGAUGUGAAGAGGUGGUUUGUGAGGGGGCUCAAGGCAGGGAGGAAGGGGGUUAGGAGGGUCAAGAGGGGGUUGAAUCAUCAUGGGGAUGGCGACAAGGGGAGGGAGGGGAAGAUGAAAAGGGAGAUGAGGCGGGUGGAUGAGAAGCUUGAGAGGGAGAGGGGGAAGUUGAGGAAGAAGCCCAGGAGGGAGGAGAAGGGGCAGAAGAGGGAGGGUUUGAGAGGACGGAUUUGGGGGUUGUUGGUGUAG